AAAAUAAUUGCGGGAUUCCCACUUUUGGCUUUUUGUGUAGAAUCACGAAUGUUUAUGCGAAUUUGUUCAGUUUGUGUGUUGAUUUCGAGAGUUCGGACAUGUUUACUUAUGAAAUGGCGCACUUGAAUGAAGACGAGAUACGAGAAGUGCUCUGUGCAGAAAGUGUAUCGGAUAUCUCAGAUUGCGAUAUUGAUUAUAAUUCGGAGAAUUAUGAAACAAAUGAGUCUGAAACAGAUAGUGAACCGGAACCCCUCUUAACUCCAAGUGGCUCUGUUGAUUCCUUAUUUAUUGCUAAAAACAAAAUGGUAUGGAGUGCCACACCAUUACCUCAGCAUAUUGGAUCUGCGAUUGAGAAUAUUAUUUCAACACAACCAGGACCAACUCGAUUUGCAGUGUCCAGAUGCCAUGACAUUGUCUCAGCUUUUUUGUUGUUUUUUCCGCCUCCAAUAGAAAAAAUUGUGAUAGAAAAUACUAAUAAGUACGACAGAGUCAAGUUCGACGACAAAUGGGGCGAUAUUGAUGAUGACAUAUUGUGUCGCGGCAAAAAUGAAGAUGUUCAUGGUUUAUUUGAUUCAAAAUUUGGUCGCCCAAUUUUCCGAUCAAUUAUGUCUGAAAAUCAUUUCCACAAGAUUACUAGUGCGCUUCGUUUCGAUGAUGUUUUGAGUCGACAACAAACGCGUAGUAGCGAUAAAUUUGCUCCUAUUCGUGACUUGUGGGACCGUUGGCAACAAUUUCUUCCAAUGUUCUACAACUGCCAUGAAAAUGUCACGGUUGAUGAGCAACUUGUUGCAUUCAGGGGGCGAUGUUCUUUUCGACAGUUUAUGCCAUCAAAACCAGCAAAAUAUGGUUUGAAGUUUUGGUUAUCCGUGGACUCAAAGUCCGGCUACGUAUGGAAAAUACAACCAUACCUUGGUAAACCUAGAAAUGCUAAGCCCGAAAAGAACCAAGGAGAACGCGUUGCAUUGGACUUGACAGACGAUUUGAAAGGGCAAAAUAUAACAGCUGACAAUUUUUUUUCCACAUUUGAGUUGGUAAAAAAACUUCAUGAGAGAAAACUUACAUAUGUGGGAACGGUUCGCAAAAAGAAAACUUUCAUUCCUCCGAAAUUGCUUACUGUGAAGAAUCUUCCAUUGUACAAAUCUACAUUUGCAUUCAAUGGCAUUGCGACAUUAGUAUCAUACAUCAGUCACAAAAACAGAGCAACUAUAUUGAUUAGUACAAUACACAAAAAAGAUAAAGUUGAUGAGAGUGGACCGAAGAAAAAACCAGAGAUUGUUUCUUAUUACAAUUCAACAAAAGGUGGCGUUGAUACUGCUGAUCAAAUGAUUGGCUCCUACACGACGAAACGCCAAACAAAUCGAUGGCCAAACAUUGUAUUUGCAAAUAUAUUAGAUAUAUCCGCUUUGAAUGCGUACAUAAUUUUUUCCGAAAUCGAUGUUUCAUGGACUCCAGCUUGUCGGAAUCGGAGGAGACCAAAUUUUUUGCGGCAACUUGCACUUUCUUUGGCUGAGCCACAUAUGAUGAAACGCACUAAAUUACCUCAACAACAAUUUUCAGCGCAGUUAUUGAGAGAAAUACGAACACCUUCCACAGCACCAGUGGCCUGCUCUAAAAAUGCUUCUAGUUCAGGACAUCGAAAGCGAGGAAUUUGUAGUUGCUGCAAGUCUAAGUCUGAUGUAAAAUGCUCCAUUUGCAGUGCGUUUAUUUGCAAAACCAACCCAAAAACAUUUUGCUCAUCAUGUAGUACCAAAAAAUAUCGAACAAACUAAUAAAUACUUAUUUUUGGAAAAUUAAUGUAAAGAAAAUCAAAGAAAAUAUACUAUGGACCAAAUGGUCCCUUAACCUAAGAUUCGUAAUUUUCAAUUUAUCUUAGUCCAGUUUUAAGUCAGAGAAUUACACAUAAUAUUGUUUUAUAAAAAGACCACCUGAGCUGAAAAAUUUAGACAGUAUAUAUCAACGUUGCAAAGUUACAAAGAAAACAAA